CCACCUCAAUUGGCCCAAAAUACCUAAUCUAACCCAAAACUUAAAAAAAUUUCAAAAAAAAAAAAAAUUAAAAUCCGGCCCGGACCGGGCCCGAACCGGCCGGGCCGGUUCACCUAAAAGCAGGGCCCGAGCCCGGACCGCCCAUCACCCGGGCCGGGCCAAACCGAACCGAUGGACCCAGUGGGCCCCGGGCCGGGCCAAACAGUAAUCGGGCCGGGUCGGUUCCGAGUCGGGAGAGAGCUAACCCGCUACUUAGUGUAAAACCGGAAUUAACCGGUGGCCCGCUGGAAACCGGACCGGACCCGAGACGGAUGAAACCCGGGAAUCCAAGGAAAACCGGUUUAUAAGCUUGUUCGCUAUUAAAAACUGCUCCAUUACGGAGGAGAGUUCGAACCCUCGACGUUCGGUUGAGAAUUUAAACCAAACACCGACUCAUCUACGUUGUCAACAUGCCCUAUUUCUUCUUUAAGGACUUUUAUAUCUUACUUUAUUAACAUUUUAGCCUCCAAUAAUAUACUCCCUCCGUCCCAAAAACAACUUCCCACUUUCUUUAAAUGGAUGUCCCAAAAUUAACUUCCCACUUCAAUACUUUCCUUAUUUGGCAAAUUAUCUACAUAAAAAAAGUGAUAAACAGUGUCAAACAGUGUUUAAACAAUGCCAAACAGUGUUUAAACAGUGCCAAACAGUGUUUAAACAGUGCCAAACAGUGCACUCUAUAGUAAAGUCAAAUUUAUUUCCUAAAUAUGUGUGUAGGUCAAACCGGGAGGUUGUUUUCGGGACGGAGGGAGUAUCUUUUAAACUGCCGUAUUAAUUAAAUGCUAAUCAAUGUAAUUCUUAUCCAAACAACUUCAAUCCAAUAUAAAAUUAUACGUAGUAUAUAUUUUUAUAUUUUAUUUGUCAAUAAUCGUUGACCGGGUUGAUAACCGUUGACCGAGCUGACCCUCCCGGGACCGGGUCGUCUCCCGGUCCGGUUUUUACAACAUAGGAUUUAUUUCAACUAAUUGCGAACGUAAGAGGAAUGAUUCAUACGGUCGAUGGUUUUGCGGGUGGGUUUACCUGCCGGUCUGCUUUGCCAGUACUGAACCUCUGAUUUCUCUAACUGUAAUCAGCAAUAUGAAUCCUAACCAGACCAAUGAAAAACCUCUGAUUCUCUAACUGUAACAAAAAUCAAAGCCAAACAUAGUUGUGCCGCAGUGGUAAUGAGAAUGUGAGAUAGAGGCACAUCUUGAUGAUAUCUGCAUAAGUAGAUAAACUGUUCUUAAGACUUACUGGCCCAGAACUGUGCGGUGAACCAGUAGUCCAGUACCACGUAUGAAGCAUUGUUUGUAAUUGUGCAAUGCAAUUGCGCCUCAUGACGCGCCUCAGCUAAUUCCUGGACUAUGGCGUAAAAGGCAUUGCAUAUGGCGCUGGGAAUGUGAUGUACGCAAUAUUGCACUGAGGCGUACGCAAUAGGAGGUCUGGGUGUAAGGGUAUUAUUUGGGCCCACUCGGCCCACUUUUAAAUUUUUAUAAGGGAUAAAGACCUAAAUAAGACUAAAAGAUAGAGCAGGAAUCUAAAUAGGAGCCGAAGUUUUUUAAACCGUACAUAGGACUACUUUAUACCCGAAGGACAAAAAUAACCCCAUGCCUUAAUCUUCAUCAAUUUCGUGGCCACUGAUUGUUUUAAUGAAAUACUACCGGCCGACCUCCGUAUAUAUAGCCUUGGACUUCGCCGCAACUGCAUAUCAUCGCCGUUGUAGCACCGAGUCGCCGAGUCGCGCCGCCUUCACCGAGUUGCCGAGCCGCCGUUGCCGCAUCGCGCCGCCUUCGCCAUCGCCGCACUUUACUGCACAUCUUCCCUUUCCCAGUCUUAAGCACUCCCUAGAGAAAAACUGUACAACGUAUUUGGCAGAUGAAGAUCUAGGCUAUUUAUAUCUAUCCAUAAAGAAGCACGUCCUGGAUGCCGGAUGGCCUAUGGGUAGGAAGAGUGGCCAGAAUGGCAGAACUCGAUCUUGUGAGCGUGAGGAGAUUAGAGUUCAAAAGCAAAUUUGAGGUCUCAAUUUUCACCGAGUUCAGCUAGGGUUACUCAACGGACCAAACGUGUUGUGAUAUUUGUUUUUUGUGUGUGGACUGGAUUUAAUAAAGAUCCUCAUGGCUCAUCAAUUGCAGGAGAGAAUUUGCUUUCCUUACAAGUUUUUUGACAAAAUGUUCAAAUGUAAGUUACCAUGCUAACAUAGACAGUGACUCGCUUUACAAAAAAAGUAAGACAUUAAAAUAAUUUCUAUGUUUCUAAAAUAUGAAAACGUUAAAAAUGUCAAUAUUCUAAAACAUCAUAAUAUUGUGUGAUAUUUUACAUUGCAAUGUCAUGAUUAAUAUCAAUACUGAUGAAUGAUUGCAUUGUUGAAUGUGAAAAAUUAGGAUGGCAGGGUCAAAUAUUGGGAAUGCCACAAUGUCAAGG